AUGAGUGACAAUCAAUUUCUUCAAGGAUCCUGGGCGAAGUUGUCCGAGGUCGCUGUCAAGGGUGCUCAAUAUAACUCCUGUGAACGUCUGCCCCACCCGAAAUGUCUGCAAGGGACCUGGGUAGAUUUCCUCAAAUACAUUCACAGAUUCCUGGACGACACAGAGGAUAAUCAGCUUGUUUGGCUACAUGGCACGGCAGGCGUUGGAAAGUCUGCUGUUGCGUUCACGGUAGCUGAGAGGAUGAGAGGUCUGAAAGUGACAGAAGAGAUGAACGUCGAAAAGCGGCUAGUGGGGACGUUCUUUUUCUCGUGCAAGCACACAAAACAUUGCACGGUGUAG